UCCCCAACUCCGCCAACAGCUUGACCACCCCAGCUCUUCUCCUGGUCCUUGCUUUUCCCCACUCCCCUGGUCGUCGCGAUAUGAUAUAAUCUUCCCCUGCAUAAUUGGCGCAUCAUGGCGCUGGACAGCUCCAGUGGUUAUGCUGCUCCCGGCAACCUCGUCGACCCGCCCGAUUCUCUCUCCAUGUUCGAUGUCCGCCGCGUUCAGCUCCAGUUCCCCCUCGCGGCGGAUUUCGUCGCGGCCCAGGUGGCGAAAGACGUUCUGAUCUUGGCCCUGUCGACGAACCGAAUUCUGCGCAUUGACCUGGACGCCCCUGAAGAUAUCGACGAUGUCGACCUGCCGAAGAAAUCGUCAGAAGUUGGCGUCAUCCGUCGCAUGUUCCUGGACCCUUCCGCGUCCCACCUGAUUAUCACCACCAGUCUGGGCGAGAACUACUACCUCCAUACCCAAUCCAGACAACCCAAGCCGCUGCCGCGGCUCAAGGGCGUUUCAAUCGAGAGCAUCGCAUGGAACCCGUCACUCCCGACCGCGUCGACUCGGGAGAUUCUCGUCGGGUCGACAGAUGGACACGUCUACGAGGUCUACAUUGAGCCGUCGACGGAGUUCUACCGGCGCGAAGAGAAAUAUGUCCACACCGUCUACCAGGUCCCGGAGGGUUCUCCCGUGACCGGAAUCUGGGCAGAGUUGAUGCCCACCAAGCCGGAGCAGAGGCGGGUGUUGCUGGCGACACAUGGCAAGCUGAUGCACUUCGUGGGACCCUCGGCGCGGCACGGCAAAGAUAGCGGAAGCCACGUCUACAGCGACCUGUUCCAGCGGGAAGCGCCGGCGGUCCAUGAGGUGCCGAACCCGUCACGCGCCGCGCCGUCGGCGCUGGUGAUCUCGCCUGCUGGCGCGGACGGCACGAGUGUGGACGCCAAAUCGGGGAAGGAAUUCGCGUGGCUCAACUCGCAGGGUAUCUUUCACGGCCAGCUGCCGUAUUCCGCGGACGAGUUGCGCCAGCCGUUCGAAAAGGCGACGAUGCUUCCCCGGACUCUGUUCCCGGCGAGCGAGUCGGCUCGCGGGGGGAAGAAAAUGAUCCAGGAUCCUAUCACGGCCGUGACGCUGUCGGAGUGGCAUAUCUUCGUUCUGGUCGAGGGGAGGGUCGUGGCGGUCAACCGGAUGAAUGACGAGAUUGUGUAUGAGCAAUCGGUGCUGGAGCCCGGACAGAGUGCGCUGGGCCUGUUGACGGACUCGAUGCAGCACACGUACUGGCUGUUCACGGGGCAAGAGAUCUUCGAGGUGGUCGUCGAGGACGAGGACCGGGAGGUGUGGAAGGUCUUCCUGCAGAAGAAAAUGUUCGAGCAGGCCCUGCAGCAUGCCCACACGAGUGCGCAGAAGGACGCGGUCGCCACGGCAUCCGGCGAUUCCCUGGCGGCCAAGGGCCGCUACCUGGAGGCUGCCAAGGUGUGGGGCAAGAGCAGCAAAGGGUUCGAGGAGGUCUGCCUGGUGCUGAUCAAUCGCGGCGAGCACGACGCGCUGCGCACGUAUCUCCUCUCGCAGCUGGCGACGUACAAGAAGUCGUCGUCGAUGCAGCGCACCAUGGUCGCCAGCUGGCUGGUCGAAGUGUUCAUGUCGAAGCUGAACUCGCUCGACGACAACAUCGCGACGCGGGCGGAGCUGGCCGAGGGAGCCAGCACAGAGCAGAUCCAAAACGAGCUCGACCGCGUGCGGGCUGACUUUCAGGACUUCGUGACCAAGUACAAGAGCGACCUAGACCAGAAGACAGCCUACGGCAUCAUGAGUAGCCACGGGCGGGAAGAGGAGCUCCUCUUCUUCGCGACGGCCACCGACGACCACCACUACGUCCUAUCCUACUGGAUCCAGCGCGAGAAGUGGACCGAGGCGCUCAACGUGCUCCAGCGGCAGAGCCGCGCAGACGUGUUCUACAAGUACAGCAGCGUGCUGAUGACGCACGCGGCCACGGGAUUAGUAGAUAUCCUCAUGCGGCAGACGAACCUGGACCCAGAGCGACUGAUCCCGGGCCUCCUGCACUACAACAAGACGGCGGGCAAGGUGCCGCUGCGGGAGAACCAGGCGGUGCGGUACCUCAACUUCAUCAUCGUCAACCACCCGCGGCCGUCGGCGGCGGUGCACAACACGCUCAUCUCGAUCCACGCGUCGAGCGCAUCCUCGUCAGAAGCAGGGCUCCUCACAUACCUCCAGUCGCAGCCAUCAUCACCACCGCCCUACGACGCAGACUUCGCGCUCCGCCUCUGCAUCCAGCACGAGCGAGUCCAGUCCUGCAUCCACAUCUACAGCGCCAUGGGCCAAUACCUCCAAGCCGUGGAACUCGCCCUCCAACACGGCGACAUCGAGCUCGCCGCAAUCGUCGCCGACCGACCGGAAGGCCAAGACGCGCUCCGCAAGAAACUCUGGCUCCUCGUAGCCGAAAAGAAGAUCCGCCAACCGGGCACCGGAAUCAAAGACGCGAUCGAAUUCCUCCGCCGCUGCGAACUCCUCCGCAUCGAAGACCUCAUCCCCUUCUUCCCGGACUUCGCCGUCAUCGACGACUUCAAAGACGAGAUCUGCAGCGCGCUGGAAGACUACUCGCGACACAUCGAAGCGCUGCGCCAGGAGAUGGACAACUCGGCACACACGGCGCGGCAGAUUCGCGGCGAGAUUGCCGGGCUGGACACGCGGUACGCGAUCGUAGAGCCCGGCGAGAAGUGCUGGCUGUGCGGGCUGCCGGUGCUGAGUCGGCAAUUUUUCGUGUUUCCGUGCCAGCAUGCGUUCCACAGUGAUUGCUUGGGGACGGCGGUGCUGGAGGGGGCGGGGGGCAAGAAGAAGUAUAUGCGGGAUUUGCAGACGCAGUUGAAUCGGGGAGAUGGUGAGGGGCGACGGGAGGCGAUCGUGAAGGAGUUGGAUGGGUUGAUUGCUGAGGCGUGUAUCCUCUGCGGCGACCACGCGAUCAAACAGAUCGACCGACCGUUCAUCACGACGGCGGAUGCGACCGACGAAUGGGGGUUAUAAUAUUUAUCAUCAUUAUUUGAGUCUUCUAGGUAUUAUUAUCAGCUGUAUAGAUGUGUAGGACAUGUUAGGCCAUAUGGAUUAAUUGAUACUGC